AUGAGCGCCGCAACAUUGCUCUCCCAGCUCUCCGCCCUCUCCGACUCUCUCAAAACAACAAACACCCUCAUCACACGCCUCGCCAAACUCCAAUUCCAACCCGGUUCCGAACCCCUCGAAGCACCUUCCGGCGGCCUCGCCCGUCUAGAACUCGCGCAAGAAAUCCACGAAACACUCAAAGAUUUAGAAGAAGAGCUCGAAUUCCUCGCCCAAGAAGCCGAAGACUACCAAACCGAUUCCACGCAACGUCGACGUCCCGCAGUAGGAACAGGAACCCACAAAGACGGCGGAGAGGAAGCGCGCAUCACAGCAAAAGUCACCCGUUUAUCCGAAGAUCUCACACAUUCCCGACAAGCAUUCCGUAACGCGCAGAUUUCCGCCAAGUUUGCGAGUGAGGAGGCCAAACGACUGGAAAGGGAAGCGUUGUAUGAGGGAUAUCGGAAAGAAGCCGAAUCGAAUUCCUCCACGGAACAAAAAGUGGGUGACGCGAGGGAAUUACUUUUCGCUGGACGCGGUAAAGCCGCUGCGAGACGAGGAUUGAACAAGGACGAAGUUCUCGUCCACGCUUCUGGAGACGUUACGAGUGCUUUGCGGAGAACUCACGAUUUAUUGUCUACGGAACUUUCCCGCUCGCGAUUUGCGCAGGAGACUUUUGAUGAGAGUACGGCUGCUCUUGCGCAAUUGGGGGAAGAUUACAGUAAUCUUGAUACUUUGCUGAGCAAUAGUAAGAAUUUACUGGGGACGUUGUUGAGGAGUCAGAAGAGUGAUACGUGGUAUUUGGAGACUGCGUUUUAUAUCUUGUUGACGACUUUGUGUUGGUUGGUGUUUCGAAGGAUUCUUUAMGGGCCGUUUAUAAAAUUGCCGCUGUUCUUUUGGAAAGUGGGGUGGUUUCUUGUGAAUUGGAUUGUGUGGAAGCCGGUGAUUGGGGUGCUUUCUGUUGUGGGAAUUGUGGGUGGUGGAUCUGCUGCUGUGACGAGUACGGGACUUUCCAAAACGGCUGCCAUCUCUUCGACAACGAGAGCUCCGCUUAUUGUACAGCCGAGCGCUACAGGUCGAGCAGAACCUUUUCCCAGCGGUAUGGCUGAAAGGCAAGGCAUUCCUGUCGGAGCGGGAGGUGCUGGUGCGAAGAAGGGUCCGGAAGAGGUGUUGAAGGGGAAGAUGUCGGAGGAGAUUGGGAAGAUGGCGGAAGCUAGUGGGAGUGAGGGAGAGCGGGGACAAGACUCUGAGAAGAAGGAGUUGCCGAGGAGAGGUGAUGGGACGGUGUUGCAGGAGCGGGGAGAUGUGCCGAAGAAUCCCAAGAAGAAGAAUUUCGAGGCGGAUGUGGAGGAUGCGAAGCAUGAAAAGUUUGUCAAGAGGGACGAGUUGUGA